CUUGGCAAGAUCUUUUAAGAAAAUAUCGGCAGACCACAAGCUUCAGAGCUAGCAGCAGAUACAUAUCCGGUCAAGGUUCUAUACACUUCAUAUCCAGUCAAGGUUCUGUCCACUUCAAACCAUCAAAAAAAAAAAAGAAAGAAAACCUAAUCUCAAGCAAGAGCAGCAAAAAGUCAUGUCAAAAACUGUAGCGAUAAUUGGCUCUGGUAUAAGUGGACUUGCUGCUCUGAAAUGCAGUUUAGAGGUUGGCCUUAAUGCAACCUGUUUUGAGAAGAGUGACUGUGUUGGUGGCCUCUGGAAUUUUAUGGACCGUGCAGAGGAUGGGAGGGCUAGCAUCUACCAUUCAGUAUUCACAAAUGCUUGCAAAGAAAUGAUGUGUUAUCCAGACUUUCCUAUACCGGAUGACUACCCUAACUUCAUGCAUAACACUGUGUUUCUGGAAUACCUAAAGUUAUAUGCCAAGAAUUUUGAUCUGUUGAGGAACAUCAAGUUUAAGACAGCUGUGGUCAGUAUACAGAAACGACCAGACUUUGCAACAACUGGACAGUGGGAUGUUGUUACAGAACAUGAUGGAAAACAGAAGUCGGCCAUCUUUGAUGCUGUGCUCAUUUGUACUGGCCAUCAUGUUUAUCCGAAUCUUCCCCUUCACUCUUUCCACGGCAUUGAGAAGUUCAAAGGCCAGUACAUGCACAAUAGAGAGUACAAGCAUCCUGAAAAUUAUACUGGAAAAAAUAUGCUUAUAGUUGGUUUAGGAAACUCUGGAGCAGAUAUUGCUGUUGAGCUCGCCCGGACAGCUAAAAAGGUUGUGCUAAGCACCAGAAGUGGCUCUUGGAUUAUGAGUCGUGUUUGGGAUAACGGUUAUCCUUGGGACAUGAUUUAUCUUACUCGAUAUCAGAGCUUUCUAAACCACAUUCUACCAAGGGUAGUUUCCGACUGGCUCUAUGAAAGAAUGAUGGAGAAAAGAUUUAACCAUAGCCACUAUGGUUUGGUACCUGUGAACAAAUCUCUAAGGAAAGAGCCUGUAUUUAAUGAUGAUCUACCAACUGCCAUUACAUGUGGCACCGUGAUUGUAAAACCUAACAUCAGAAAAUUCACUGAAUCCUCUGCAGUCUUUGAAGAUGGUUCUGUGAUGGAGAAUGUGGACGUUGUCAUAUUUGCCACUGGUUACAGCUAUGCCUAUCCAUUUAUGGAUGACUCCAUUGUCAAAAACAACAACAACAAGGUUUCACUUUAUAAAGGAGUUUUCCCUCCAAAAUUAGAAAAGCCAACACUGGCAGUCAUUGGAUUGGUGCAGUCGUUGGGAGGGAUACCACCAACUUCAGAUGUGCAAGCCCGAUGGGCUGUAAGAGUUAUCAAAGGAACAUGCAAACUUCCCCCAAAAAAGACAAUGAUUGAUGAAUUAAAUGAAGAGGAAGGGGAAAAAAAGAACUGGUUUGGUCGUAGUGAGACGCUGUCCACUGACUAUGUCACUUACUUGGAUGAAUUAAGUUCUUUUAUUGGAUGCAAGCCAAAUCUUCGUCUUCUCUUUCUUACUGAUCCAAAACUGGCAUUGGAGGUAUUCUUUGGGCCUUGUAGCCCUUAUCAGUUCCGCCUCCAUGGACCAGGAAAAUGGGAUGGAGCACGGAAGGCUAUAUUAAACCAGUGGAAUAGAACCAUUGCCGCAACAAGAAUGAGGGUUGUCCCCUCUCAUCAAGAAUCAUAUUCAGUUGUUGCUUUGUUUAAAAUUCUGUUUUUGCCCUUGUUGCUCCUCGCAUUGUUUUGUGCAUGGGCUUAGGCUCUCGAGCUUUUAUGUGUUUUUAUGGUAAUAUUUAUUUAGAUUUACCAUGAGAUGCUGCAUUUUAUAUCAAUAAAAACGGAUCAUUUUGUUUUAA